UAAUUCACAGUAACAGCAGCCUUUAGACCUCUGCGCAAAUGAAUGGUUUGGCUUGUCUAAAUAAACACAAGCAUGGAAUCAGGGAUACCUGAUCGAUUCCCUAAAUGUGAAGAUGUACACAUCUUCAGUGUAUACAGGCAGUACAGGAAGGAAUCCAAGCCCGGGCAGCUGCAGCAUUGGAUUGCACUCAAGCCGUCAAUGGGUACACCGAGCCCGCUGCGAUCCGGGCUCCCUUCGACUCCCGGCAGGGACUUCCCCAGCCCGCCGCCGCCGACUCGCGUAAGUAACGCGCCUCCCCGCGCCGCGCAGGCGGGGAUGGGGGCGGGCGGUAGGGGCGAGGGAGAGACGGGACACGGACGUCUUUGUCGGGUGACAUUCGAGGCGAGAAGCCGGCGCCGGCGCCACUCGGCAAGGGACGGUGAGGCUGCCCUGUUGCCGUGGGUGGAGGGGCUGCGCGGUGCUCCGCGCCCUGCGCAUCCCCGGGCAGCCGCCGGCAUGGGAGGUGCUCCCCAGGGCUGCUGUCCCUUCCCCUCAGCGUCAGGUCUGGAAGACGUCCUGGCCAGGAACAGGAAGGUGUCAGUGGAGAGUGACAACCUACAAAACAGUCGUCAUUUAUAUUUUAUUAGUUUUUUCUUUCUCCAUUUCCCCCUAGUCUUAUGGUCAGUGCAACUAAUCAUAGUUCUUUGAUAAUUUAUGCUUCUUCAGCCAUGGCAACAAAAACUGGCCAGCCUCUGCCCUUGACCUAACUCCUCAGCUCCCAAGUUUUCCAGCUACUGCAUUGUUUGUUUCCAAAAUACAAUGCAUACAGUGCUGAACUGCAACACUUGUCAGAAGAUUUGUCUGAAAGCACCACAACCCGGGGAUUAGCGGACUCAGAAAAAAAAAAAUGAAAAAGAGGAAAAAAAAUUUUUUUUACUUAUGCAGUACUGGGAAGCUCUCUUGAUGUAUUCUACUUACCUGAUGCAGAGAAACUAGGUCAAAAAAUAUUUUGGUUGGUUUGUUUGCUUCUGCGCUGGGAAUCAUCUCCAUGCUUUGACAGUCGGUCCUCUCGAAGGUGUCACUGGGCGGCUACAUGUCGCUUGGACCGAGAACUUUCGGUCUGUCCUUCCCCCUUCCCCGAACACAAGCAGGCCAUCGGCAAGGCCUGAACCGGAGUGCGAGGAGCAGCGAGGGGUCGGACGGACCUCUCCUUCCCUUGCUGCCCAGCAGCGGUGCUCUGGCACCAUGCAGGAAGCUGGAUCUCUGUUAGAUUAGAGAACGGACGUUAAAAGAUAUCUCUGGAGGUGGGGAAAGUGGCCUGGGGAUACCAAACAUGAAGGAGAUAUUUCACUCUUACCUUCGGUAGGUAAGAACCUACCAAGCAUUUCUACUUAAGAAACACGAGCAAGAGAGAUAGGUGAGUGUGUCUAUACUCAAACCAUGGGCAGGGAGAGUAAAAGUAGGUGCAAGCUUAAAACUAAGCUUGAGCAAUGUUGAGGCAUCAUUUUGAGACACAGAAGGGCUUGGUAGUCCCCAAUGGGUGGCACUGAAGCUCCCACUCGUGCAGUCCUGCAGCGAAGGACCGCACCACUCAUCAGCCCGCGGGCGCCAGACGUACCUCACACGCAGGGGCAGAACUGCAGAAGUACCCACGGACCAAAACAUCAAACCUGGCUGUUGGGCAGGGAAUUCUCUCCCGGUCCCUCUUCGCCCAGCGUGACCAGGUAGGAGGCAACCCGCCGGUGGCCGGGCGGAGGUGGCGAGGGUGGCGAGACGCCGGCGACCCUGCGCGGCUCCGGCGCACCUCGGGCCCCGCAGCGCCCUCGCCCCGCUCCUGCGCCCUUUUUGUCGCCGCCGUCUAAAACGAAGAUGUUUUCCAGAGCUGUCUGCCCUGCCGCAGGCAUGCCUUCUUAAACUCUCAGUCAGCCGCCGAGCAUCUUGAGCAGUCCGAAACUUACUCCCCAGCGGUUCAGGGAAGAGAGGAAGGCCCCUCUCGGGCUGGGGGCAGCAAGGCGCGGUGGUCUGGAGAUGUGCUGGACAUCAGGCGGGAAAGGACUGGUGAGAACGAGCCUCCGUCCUUGCCGUUCCCUGUCUUCUUCAUUUAAGGGCAGAGAUCCUAAUUUUUUUCAAGAGUUUUGGAGGUCUGGAGAAGUGAAGCAGUUGUAUAUACGGGUUGCACUAGCUGCUGGCGCUGUGGCAGCAGUGGGGCUUACCAGCUCACCAGCACCUCGACUCCUAUUUCAUGGCGCCAGAAAUGAUUGAGUCCGAUGACUGUUUUGCACUUUCAGGUAAAUAUGCCAAGUCCUGAACCCAGGAGUAGCCUCGGGUCUGUUACAGACAGAAUGGAUAUUGGCUUCAGAAAACCUUGAACCUCAUGAUUAUAUUAAAAAUGUCUAAUAUAUUCAAAGCUCAGAUCGUGGUCAUUUUCAGAUCUUAGAGCAAAAUUAUCACAACAUUUCACCAUUUAUAGUCACAUAAAUAUGUUGGUCUCCUCUACUGUGCGUCAUUUGCACACACUGUUAUUAGAAUCAACUGGCACCCUCACUGAAAUGUUUAUAAUGACUUCAAGGUAUUAUGGGAGUUAUAGAUCUGCCAGCCUGGCACUUUAAUUCUUGAGGGCCCAUGCUUUUCUUAAAGUUACAAGUGCAGUUGCCACAGAACAUCUACAUAAUGCAG